AUGGAUUUUCUAAAUGAGUCAGUGAUUGGGAAUGUCUCCGAUGUUUAUGGAUACAUGAACUCAUCAACAACAGGGAUUCACGGGGCUCUUCACUCCAGUGCCAUCCUGCCUGUCAUCUUUGGCAUCAUCUGUUUCCUGGGGAUCAUAGGGAAUUGUAUCGUCAUUUACACCAUAAUGAAGAAGACCAAGCGUCGUUCCAAACAAACAGUGCCUGAUAUUUUCAUCUUAAACCUGUCUGUUGUUGACCUCCUGUUCCUGCUUGGAAUGCCUUUUUUAAUCCAUCAGUUGCUUGGCAAUGGGACAUGGCACUUUGGGGGGACCAUGUGUACUGUUAUCACUGCACUGGACUCAAACAGCCAGAUUGUCAGCACUUAUAUCCUCACAGCCAUGACUCUUGACCGCUACUUGGCGACGGUGCACCCUAUCCGGUUUAACUACGUGCGUACUCAGUGUGUGGCCUCUUUAGUCAUAGUGCUGGUCUGGGGGCUGUCUCUGCUGACCAUUCUGCCCGUGUGGAUGUACGCUGGACUAAUGCCCCUCUCAGAUGGACUAGUAGCCUGUGCACUGCUGCUGCCAAACCCAGUCUCUGACACUUUCUGGUUCACUUUAUAUCAGUUUUUUUUGGCUUUUGCUAUACCCCUAGCCAUCAUCUGUCUAGUGUUCUUUAAGAUCCUACAGCACAUGUCCACGAGCGUUGCCCCCCUUCCUCCGCGCAGUCUCAGGGUGCGGACGAGGAAAGUGACCCGCAUGGCUGUGGCGAUCUGUCUGGCUUUCUUCAUCUGCUGGGCUCCUUUCUACAUCCUCCAGCUGGUCCACCUGGGAGUGCACAAUCCCAGUGAAGCUUUCUCUUAUGCCUACAACAUCGCUAUCAGCAUGGGCUACGCUAACAGUCUCAUCAACCCCUUCCUCUACAUCAUCCUGAGUGAAACAUUCAAAAGACAGUUCCUCAGCGCCAUUUGUCCCAUUAGCAGGAAGUUUAGAGUGAACCCCAGCACCACAGACGAAGGCGGCGUCAGCGUCCGGAUGAUCCCUGAAGGAGCACAGCAGGAGGCCGUUUGUGGGGAGCUCAACCUCCUCAAUCAUGUCCCACAAUGA